GACAUGAUGUGUUUUCACAGAAUGAUGGGUCUAUUCUAGGAACUAAUUUACCACAGGUUGUAGAGUUAAGUCAGAGUGAAGAUAAAUCGUCCAGACUGAAAGCAGCAUUUCUUAGUUCUAUCAGCGGAAACAUGCAACAAGCACAAGCCAUAUUAACAGAUCUACUUCCUGCCGACACAGGAAGUGAUGAAAGUAGAGGAAGUGAGGUGGAUCAACUUGUUGUUGGUUUAAGUCGUGAUGUCAUAGAUGAUUAUCCAGCUUCGGAUCCAAGAUGGGCCAAAAAUCUCAGACAUGGGGAGAUAACCGGUGGUUCAAGUUCACUGAUUAUAAUACAACAAUUAAAAGAUAAAGAAAAAGCUCACAGUUAUCUGAUAGCAUUCCUGAAAAAACUACAUAUAUGGGAACGGUUAACCAUUGUUCCAGAACAUGGUAGUUAUAUGUCAACAACGUCUCUUCUGUGUGAACACGCUGAGAAAUUAACAGCUGCCAUCGCUCUUAGACAGCUACAUAGCGAUCAUCAUACAGAUAUUAUAGAUGAAUGUAUCGCCCAUGUGUUUAAAAUGAGGAGAGAGAGUAUGGCUACUUUACCUGUUGGUCUUACACCUCAAGAUGUCUUUUAUAGACAGGUGUCUAAGAUAGAAGAUAUAAUAGAAGCUCUUGUGGAGCUUGAAUCUGAUACUUUAGAAAGAGAACAAUCACCACAUAAACGUGUUACUUUAAUAACAGCCGUUAAUGCUGUUAUAGAGGGUAUGUUAACAUCGGCCUUACAGUAUCGUCAAUCUAAGGCUGAGACGUAUACCUCACCCACUAUGAUAGGAUUACAACAGGAAUACAUACCAUGGACAUCCACUGGUGGGGCUAGAGGAUUACGUACUCUACUACUGAAACAGAUAAAUCUAACUAUGGGUGGCGCUGUACCUGAGAUAAAGGAUGAUGAUACAAGGAUGGUUAUAUUUCAACAACUGUUAGUUUUAUCAGAUAUUAUACUAGAUGGUUAUAGUAAUCAACUUGAGUCAUUACGACGAUCAGACGGACGAGAAGACGUAUAUCUUCUUCUAGAUCAAAAAUAUCAACAGGAACGAACUAAUCUCAUCUCUCCUUUUGUUGAGUAUGAAGAAUACGAAAGAGCGAUGUCUUUUGCUGAGAAAUAUUACGAUUUUGAAUCGUUAAUUUUGGUUUGUGAGAAGACUAAUAAUGACGAACGUCUGCAGAGAUACGUUGAUCAAUUUUCUGAACAGGGUUUUUCCAACUUUCUGUUUGAUUGGUAUAUGAAACAUGGUCGUAGAGGUCGUCUUCUAUCACAACCUGUCGGAGAUUCAAGAGAAUUGGGUCAGUUUUUAGAAUCGGAGAAUAAUAAAUAUCUCAGCUGGUUACAUGAUAUAAAUAAUCAGAACUUCACACAGGCUCAUGUAACACUACUUGAUCUAGCUAAAGUUGAAACAACAUUUUUGUCGAAGAAAAAGACACUUCUAAGUAUUAGUAAAUUAACUGCACUAGCCUCUGACAACAAGUCACCUGAUAUGCAGGAAAGAUUACAUGAUAUAAAUGAUGAAUUAGAUUUGAUAUUACAUCAAGAACAGUUACCACUAGAUGCCGUUCAGAAUUUAGGAAUGAAUGUUGCCAACAUGAGUGUUAUGACGCCACAAGAAAUAGCUGAGCUUUAUGUGGGGGAUAUGAAUGUAGUGGCAACAGAAUAUGAUUUUAAAAUGGCUUUGGAUUUGUUGAGUUAUAUUGAUGACCCAGAAGUAGAUAAAAAUGAAUUACGUUUGCAUAUUUGGAGUAGAGCUGUAUUACGAGACAGUUGGGAUAGUAAUACAACCAGUGAUCCACUAGAUACCAAUAAAGAUACAAUCUUCUUUAAAACAGUUGAUCUUGCUUAUACACAAGGUGAAGAUUUAAACGAGUGUUUACCAAGUGUAGAAGAGUUACUAGAAUCCAAGGAAUUAGGGGAUUUAAGACACAAUCCUAAUUUUCAAUUCUUAAUAAAAGCUGGUUAUGAACAUUUACAGUCAGUUAUGUGACCUCAUGAUAGUUUUGAACAUUUACAAUCUGUUAUGUGACAUGCUAUAAAGUUAUUAUGAACAUUUACAAUCUGUUAUGUGCUAUAAAGUCAUUAAGAACAUUUACAGUCUGUUAUGUGACCUGCUAUAAAGUCAUUAAGAACAUUUACAAUCUGCUAUGUGCUAUAAAGUCAUUAAGAACAUUUACAAUCUGUUAUGUGACCUGCUAUAAAGUCAUUAAGAACAUUUACAAUCUGCUAUGUGACAUGUUAUGAAGUCUUUAAGAACAUUUACAAUCUGUUGUGUGGCAUGCUAUAAAGUCAUUAUGAACAUUUACAAUAUGUUAUGUAACAUGCCAUCAAGUCAUUAUGAACAUUUACAAUCUGUUAUGUAACAUGCUAUAAAGUCAUUAUGAACAUUUACAAUCUGUUAUGUGACAUGUUAUGAAGUCAUGAAGAACAUUUACAAUCUGUGUUGUGACAUGCUAUGAAGUCAUUAUGAACAUUUACAAUCUUUUGUGUGCUAUAAAGUCAUUAAGAACAUUUACAGUCUGUUAUGUGACCUGCUAUAAGGUCUUGAUGAACAUUUACAGUCUGUUAUAUAACAUGCUAUAACAGGUCUUAAGAACAUUUACAAUCUGUUAUGUGGCAUGCUAUUGUCGUUAUGAAGAUUUGUGACCUUGACAUGCUGUGCUAUAUGAACAUUUACAAUGUGUUACGUGAUCGGCUAUAGAAUGGUUAUGAACAUUUACAUAUUUACAACCAUUACAGCCGCAUCAAAUAAUGAUAAUAUUCCAGUCCACUAUUAAAUCAUCACAACAUCAUCAGAUAUUCUGUUUUAAUAAAAUAUGGUGUUAAACAC